AUGACAAUAGAUUUGCCUUCAGUUUUAUCGUCUAAAGAUUGCACCGCCGAGCGCUCUACUGAAGUUUGGAUUUGCCUUCAGUUUUAUCGUCUAAAGAUUGCACCGCCGAGCGCUCUACUGAAGUUUUGCAAAUGGAGCAAGAAUCUUUCAGUUGUGAUGAAUAUGACAGUGGAUUUGCCUUCAGUUUCAUCAUCUUUUAAUGAUGAAAAAGGUGUUGUAAAUGCAAUGGACCCUGAAGCUAAUGAUCGUAUGCAACCUCUGCUUGAGAGUGUAUUGGAAGAUUAUUUCACCAGCCUUUUGCAUGAAGAGGCGUGCGUGAUAAUCAAUGUUGCCGAGGACUUAAAUAUUUUGAAUGGCGUUGCAAGUCAAAAUGAUUCUUCUGAUGCCAUUUUGGUGUCAGAAAACUUGGCUUUUGUAGAUAUUCAGACUACUUCACUGUGUAAAAAGUCAGUGCACCAGAAGUCUAUUACAUAUGUGAUCCCUAUGUCAGAUCAGUUUUCAAGUGCAUUUCAGAAGUCUGCUGAUUUAGAUGCCAUGAUUAAUGAAAUGACUGAUGAGCUGCAACCACCUGAAUACUUUGUGCUACUUGGAUGUGUUCCUAAUCCAUGAAUAUCUACUUCAAAUCAGGAUUUGAGGUUGAAAACACAACGGCAUGACCCCUCUCCCAUUGAAAAAAGGGGAUCCGUGGGGCAGGCUCAAUCACUUCUUGGGUAGGUGACUCUGAAUGGACUCAUGACUUCAUUGAUAUCUUUGUCAACUUUUGGAUUCAGUUUCCUUAAAAAAAAGGUAAUUGUGGCUGUUUGAACCCAACCGGCAAGGAGAUGAUGAAGUAUUUGGUGAGAGAGCGCAAAGAACACAUGCUAUUUGAUCGCUUCUCAGAUUUUGAAAAAAGGACAAUUUUUUUGCUAGUAAAGCAGCCCCAGGGAUUUGGAAACCUACAGGAGAAGUCAAGUCAAGUUUUGAUGGAAAGAAGAGACACAUGGACAACGUCAAAAUU